AGCGUCAAGCAUGCGAUCGCCCGACCUUACUAGCUAGCGGGCGCAAGCGACAACUGUGUGUGCAACAAGCAACUUGAUCGACAUUGUUUACACAGGAAACGAUUGAUUACCAUAUCUGGUAUUCAACGCGCGGGCGUGCGCUUUCAGGACUCCCAGUUCGCUUUCCCGCGCACAUUCAGGCGCACAUUGCGUUUUCCGUGCGGGCUUUCCUGAAAUCCGCUGCUUGAGCGUGUCAAACAUCAGGCUUUGCGUCAAAUGAUCGGCUAGAAGAUUGAGUGGAGCCAUGCAUCAGGCUGAUAAGCGUCCCAACUCAGACAGUUGCACAGGCGACCAGUCGGCGCCGAAGCGGGGCUGCAUCGCUCUGAUGAGCGAUGGGCGUGGCGCACGGCUGCCAGUUGCGGAGCAGGCGGAGGCACAGCAGCACGCAGCGGUGCUGCCCCCGGUGUUGCGCCUGCACCCGGGCUCGCCUGCGGCCGGCGGAGGCAGGGGCGCGGGCAGGCCCAAGAAGAAAAAGCCGCGGCCCCGCGCGCAGGCACUGCUUGGAGCGGAGGCGCGCGCUCUGAGGAUCGCGGCCGCGGACCACGACGGCUUGGCGGGCGCCAUGUGCGCGCCGGCCGGCGGCGACAUGAUGGCCAGCCGGCCCCAGCCCGGCACCAACAUCAGUGUGCGCCGACCUGAGCGCGCCCUGGCGUCGGGGGGUUUGGCUUCUUCAGGGGCGUGGGCGGGUGAAGCUGGGCGCCAGGACAGGCGCGCACCGCAGCAGCAGCCACCGCCGCCGCGCCAAGGCGACAGCAUGCUGCGGGCGGUGGCGGAAGUGCCACGAGUGGCGGGAAAGCGGGGCGGCAGCGCAGGUGUACCGCGGCCUGGGCAGGAGCUGCUCCGCGGCCGCAGUGCGACAGCGACCGCACCAGCAGGCCCCGGCGAGAUCCCUCAGCGCGUGCCAGCGGCCGUGGUACAGGCGGAGGCGCCUGCCGGUGCGGCGCCCAACAGCGCCGCAAGCCUGCCGCCUCAGGCGCACCUGACAUCAGGCGUGCCGGCUGCAGCAGGCCGUGACCCGCUGGGAGGCAGGAGCAGCAGCCCCGCCGCCGCCGCCCCUGCCGCCGCCACCUCCGCCACCGCACCAGCGGCCGCGGCAGCUGCUGCGGCACAGCGGCGCCAGCUACUCUCGCCGGUCGUAAUGGGCGCUGCAGCAGCAGGCGGCACAGCGGCAGAGGCCAUGGCUGAGGCGGGGGAAGCAGACCUACAGGCAGCACUGGCACGCACGACUGCGGCACCGCUUCUGCAGGAGGGCGGCCUGGGCUUGAGCGGCGCAAGCGGGUGCCGCAACCCAGUGCUGCCUUGUGGUCUUGCGGCCGGCACUGGUGCAGGCGAGGCCGGCGGUGUCAGCACGGGUAGGGUCGGCAGCGAGGCGGCGGCAGCUGCAGCAGUGCCUGCCCCCGCGCCCGGCCCUGCAGGCCCUGAGGCCGACGACUACUUCUGCCCUGACUCGCUUGCGCUGGGCGAUGGCGGUCUGUCGCUGCCGCCCAGCGCCGGCCUGUCGCCAACACUGCUGCUGCCAGCGCGCAGCAGCCCCGCGGCCACAACCGCCACCGCAGCCGCAGCCGUAGCCAUGGCUGGUGCAGCGACGUCCACGGCUGAAGCGGUGAUGCAAGGCGCGGUGCGAGGUGGGCCCAGCACUGCCUCACCUGCUGCGGACGUGCGAGGAUGUGUGGCUGCAGCUGUGGCGCCAGAGGCCGUUGCCUUCGCCACCGUCGUGGGGCCGGUGGCCAACUCCGGCAGCGGCGGCUGCUACAACGCAGCCGAGCCAUGGUACUCACCGGCGACAGUGCCGGCGGCGACGGUGGCGGUGGCAGCGGCAGCGGCGGCGGCGGCGGCGGCGGCGGCGGCGGCGGCGGCCCAAGAGGAGGCGGCGCUGGCGGAGUGGGCGUUCAUCCUGGAACCCGCCCCGCCAUCUGCAGGCCCGCCACACUGCAGCCAGCUGCGGCCGCCUCCACCUGCCCGCCAGCCGCCACCGCAGCGGGCGCUUCCGCUCUCUCCAAUGCGGCUGGCAGCGCUCGCGCCUGCGCCGGCGGUGAUGCCGCGCCCCACGGUCCUGUCAGGUCGGCGCCCGCAGCUGCUGGCGGCGGCGGCGGCGGCAGCGGCGUGGCCACGACGUGCGGUCGCCUGGGAGCAGCUGGCACCGUGGCAGGCGGAUCAGGCUGAGGCACAGCCGCAGCCGCAUCUGCCCAACCAGACGACGACUCUGCAGCCGUGGCCUCAUCCCCAACAGGAACUGCAACCGAUGCAGCCGCACGCAGCCGAGCUACAGGCAGGCGCCUCGGCGUUGCUGCCCUCCCCGGCGUCUGGCCGGUCGGCUGAUGUCAAGACUGGGGCAGCGGCUGGUCCCAUGCCCGCGGCGGCGAUGACGCGCUGUGCAGCAGGGGGUGCAGAGGCGGUGCCAGGGCGGUACUUCACGCCGCCCCGCACGAACUCGGCCUCUGCUGCCACCGGUGCCGGGCGCCACACCGCCGGACAGGCCGCCUACCUGCAUCCCCGCGCGACACCAGAGGCGGCAUCACAGGCGGCAGCGGUGGUGGGCGCAGCGACAGCGGCCGCCGCCACGCCUGCGACUGCGGCUGCUGUGCGGGGUGGCUUCCGCGGCAGCACCGCCCCCGCCCAGACCUCUGCUGGCUGGGACUCGGACCUGCAGGCGGGCGCAGUGCCAGCAGCUCGGCCGGGCGUGCAGGCAGCGAGGCCUAGGCCCAGCGGUGUGCGGGCAGCAGGCGCAGCAGGGGCAGCAGGGGGCCAGCAGCGGCAGGCCAAGGGUCCGGGCCUGCUGGAGGCGGAGGUUGGGGAUGGGGAGGAGGACGCGGUCGAGGUGGACAGCCUGGACCCCCACCCGCACGGGUACCCGCAGGGCCGCCCGCAACAGCCGCCGGCCGCCUGCGCUUUCACAGCUCCGGCGACAGCAGUGCAAGACCCACAUGCGCACACGCCCGCUCCCUUACGCCCCUUCCGUGGCCAGCAGCGCACGCCGCCACAGCUACAGCAACAGCUACAGCUACAGCCUGUGCCGAAACCGCAGCGCACGCCCUUGCCCCUACCAGUCAGCGCCGUGCGGGGUUGCGGGCGGGGGCGAGCGCGGCCCCAGCCGCACGAGACGCCCGAACCCGUGCCGCUCAGGUCUCCCCACGUCGGGCCUCUGCUCUUCAGUGAGCCGACGCCGCCUGCCAGCAACAACAGCAGCCGCGGCGGCGGAGCCCACAUGACCGGGAGCGGACGUCUUCACUUUGGCGCGGUCGCAGUCGGAGGACUGGGCCCCCAUCACGCGGCCGGCAGCGCGCCGACGCCGCCGUGUCGGAAGCCACCGCUGGAGGCACAGAGGGCCGCUGGCUACAGCACCACACCAGCCGCGGCGCCUGGACCUUCUCACACACCCUGCAUUGCGCCGGCUGCCGCAGCGAGUGCCGCAGCGGCGGGCAUAGGUGACUGCGGUGGCGGUGGCGGCGGCGAGGGCCAAGACCGACAGCAGCGGCUGCGUGGCCGGCGCAGCUCGAUGGGCGGCUGGUCGCCGCGCCCGCAGCCGCAGCCACGGAUGGUGCAGCCCCCGUUCGUGGCGGACGCUGCUGCCGCGGCUGUGACGCCCCCGGCCGUGCCCGCGACGGCUCCGCGUGGCCUCGGCCCGCACGCGUGCGAGCAGGCGGCAAGUCAUGGAGCAGCAGCGGGCUCCGCUGGGGGCGCAGGCGGCGGGGGCAGGGGUACGGGUGAGCCGGCGCCGCUGCCAUGGCCGGAUGCAGCAGAGGCAGGGGCGGCGCCAGCGGGUGUGAUGCAGCUGACUGCGGCGGCGCCGCCGCCGCGGGGACCGGCGGCGCAGGCAUGUCCCGCGGCGCCGUUGCUGCCUCCGGGCCACACUGCCACGCCGCCCAUGCACUCACUGGCGGGCCAGGUGGCGGCCGCGGCGGCGCGGCGGCGAGACUCCUCGCCGCAGCACCGCCUUUCGCAGCCGGAACAACCACACAGCGGCGCGCAGGACCGCAAGCCUUUGCCGUUGGGACACGCCCCGACAGGGGAGGUUGAGGGGCUAAUACCACAUGAAAACGGACAGGAGUCCGAAUCGCAGUCGGAGUCACUGAUACCGUCCCUGUCACCGCCGCUGGGCCAGGGCUCGCCGCCGACGCCGUUACCCUACAGCGGUCAAGGCGGCGGCGGCAGUGGCGGGGUGCCGGGGGACGCGCCACGCCGCCGCUUGCGACUGCUUGACGCGCUGAUGUCAGGGAGAGGCGGCCCACCGCCGCCGCAGCCACCGCACUCGCAGCCCCGCAGCUCCCACGCGCCGCCGCCUUCGCAGCAGCAGGCGGCCGCCACCGACAGCCAGGUGACGUCUGUGCUGCAGCUGGCGCAGAUGCCGCCAGACAUGCUCAGCCUGGAGCAGCGGCGGGAACAGCAGCAGCAGCAGCAGCAGCAGCAGCAGCAGCAGCAGCAGCAGCAGCAGCAGCAGCAGCAGCAGCAGCAGCAGCAGCAGCAGCAGCAGCAGGGGCAGCAGGGGCAGCAAGAGGAUGGUGAGCAGGCGCAGGUGCGGGAGGGGCACGCUGAAGCCAUCGAGGAAGAGGGGGGAUCGGAGGACGGGGCAGAGGACGCGGCGGCUGCCGCUCAGCAGCGCCUGCUUGCGGAGCUCCUGGCGGGCAUGGGCGGCGGCUGCCUGCACGGCCACGACCCCACAGACGACCUGCAGCUGCUGCCGCCCCGCGCCUCUCCUGCCAGCAACAACGCCUCUCCUGACAGCGACAACGCCUCACCUUACACGGCUGCCACUGGUGCUGCCGCUGGUGCGGGGCUGCUGGUGCGCAGCACGGGUGCCGCAGCGCCGGGGCCGGGGCGUGUGCGGGCGGCCACCAGCACAGCCGAGAUUCCGGGGGGGCAGCAGGGCGCUGUGGCCCGGGAGGCCCCGGCGGCUGGCGCGGGCGGCCCUGCUCCAAGGGCUGCAGCUUUGCUGCGGCCGUUGCGCCAGACGCCAUGCGUGCAGCAAGGCUCUGGAGCUUUGUACCGUGGGCAGCGGGGUGCGGGUGGGACCGGUGCAGCGCUGGCGGCCGACGUUCGCGCGCCGGUAGCUGCUAGUGCCUCUGCAGUGGCAGCUGCUGUGAGGAGCGAGCGCGGGCAAGCAGGUCCGCGGGCGCCGUUGGGAGCGCUGCACGCGCCACAGCCCCGGCGUGUGCAGGCCUGUGCUGGCAGUGCCGUCGCCUGUCCCUCCGGCCGGGCAGCGGCUAAACAAGCCGCUGUCAUCGCAGCUCCGGCCACUGUCGUUACACCCGCGGCGGCGGCACUAGUGGCGGUCGCGGCAGCCGAGGUGGCGGAGACAGCGGCGGCGGCGGCGGCGGUGGAGGUCAUCGAUCUGGCGGAUGACGGGGAUGAGGCCGGGGGGGAUGCGGGGCCCUUGGGUGCUGCAGUUGCUGCUGCGGGAUCGCGGGGCCCACCGCCCCGACCAAGAGACCGGGCGCAGCUACACGCCCGGCAGCACUUGCGGCCGGGUGCCGGCUCCCCAGCUGCCGCGACCGCCGCAGCGGCCGCAGCCCAGCCUUGCCCUGGGGAGGCGGCGCCUGAAGCGGCGGCACCCAUCGUUGGAGGAGGCGCAGGUGGCAGCGCAAGCGGCAACGGUGUGGUCACUGCUGCCCGCAACCGCCUCGCCACAACUUCCUUCAGGCACACGGCAGCUGCGGCGGCUGCGGCAGCUGCUGCUGCUGCUGCUGCUGCUGCCAGGCGCCCUGCCAUGCCAGCACCUGCAGCCGCUGGCGCUGCAGCUGGGCCCACUGCGGCGCCUGCCCCUGUGGCUGCGGCUGGCUGUGGCGACGUGGCCCCACCCACCCGGGCAGAGGCGCAGCAGGGUGUCCUGUAUGCGCUGCUGCAGGCGCUACUGCGGGGCCGCUGCCAGCCCCACAACGCGAUGUACGCGUGGCUGACCCCGCCGCCCGAAGGCACGGGCACCCCCGUGUUCUACCAGCAGGCGGUGCUGCUGCUACUGCCCCUGGAGCUGGCCCCUGUCCCAGCUUCAGCCCCGGCGGCAGGCUCCGCCGGCCCUGGCUGCACCGGAGGGACAGCGGUCGUUGGUGGUGGUCCGGGCGCCACGUGCACGCCGCGCGGCGGGCCCCUGGGCCACCAGGCUGCAGCGGGCCCCGUGGCGGGCGCUGCCGGGCGGGCUGCAGCGGCAGGCCCCAGCGGUGAGGCGGGCAGCGCCGCCGGUGUCUCUAGUGCCGACACAGGCCCAGCGUCAGGCGAUGGCGCACCUGCAGCCACAGCAAUGGGGCCGUCGCGCCGCUACACGCUUCGCGGCGGCUGGGGGCUGGUGCAGCACCUGGCGCAGGCGGGCCUGUGCGACGUGCCGGCGGACGGCCAGCCCGGCGCGCACCCGCCCCACCCCGACCUGCUGCCCAUGUGCGGCGCCUACCUGCUGCUGGUGCGCACACCCGCACCCGCACCCGCACCCAGCCAGGGGCAGCCGCAGCGGGCCCGCGGGGCUACAGCGCCCAUCAGCCAGGUGGAGGGCGAGGCGCGUGCGGAGACGCCGGCGGGGCAGCCGGGCCCCUCGCAACAGCGCCCGCUCGCGCUGCUUCGGCCGCAACAGGCGCUGGAGAUGCUGGGCCACCCAUCCGCGACUGCUGCAGCUGCUGCGGCGGGCGGGUCUGCAGCCGCAGUCCCGUGGCGGUGGGAGUCCAUGGUGCGGGUGCUGAUGGAGGAGGCGGGCUGGGUGCCGUUCGCCUCCUGGCGUGAUGACCCGCUCCUCGCCGCCGCCCGACCCCAGCUUCUGAAGCUGCCGCCGCCACCGCCAUUGCCGCCGCGUCCAACGGUCAUUGCUGGCGCCGGCGGCACUACGGGCAGCGCGAUGGCGCCGGCUGGCCAAGUGCCGCCGCAGCCGCAGCCGGCGGACUCGUGCCGGCCGCUGCACCCGCGGCUGACGGAGGCGGUAGACGCCUUGGCAACCAGCGCGGCGGCGGCUGACUUGGCAGCGGAGACGGAGCUUCGGGCUCGCUUGGAAGAAGUGCGGCGCCGCUACAUGCAGUCCUCGCCGGGCGGCAGCGGCGGCCGCGCCGCCAAGCGCGCUGCCGGCGUGCGCGUGCGGCGCCUGGCGCUGCUGCACAGCCAGGAGCGGCGGCGGCGUGAAGCCUGGCUGUCGCAGCAACAGAGUCAGUCACAGAGCCAGUCCCAGUGGUGGUCGCAAUUCAUGACCCAGUCCCAGAGCCAAGGCCAGCAGGCGGCGCCGCCAUUCCCCAGAUUCCAAUCUCAGCCGCCAUCACAGGCGGACCUAUGGGCGCUCACGGAGCCGCAGCACCAGCCAUCGCAGCAAAACCAGCCGUCGCAGCAGCAGCGCUCGCGGCCCUGGCCCCCGCCAGAGCCCAGGCGGCGGCGCACCCAGCCGCCACAGCAGCACAUGGCUGGAGGGGUCGCUGCAGCGAGCGGCCGGGGCGGCGCCGGCCGUGCGGCAUGCGACCACCAGCUGGGAGCCGCGGGCCCCAGUGGCAGCAAAAAUGUGGCCCCGGGGAGUCGUGUCGGCCAGAGGGAGGCACAUGUGCCGCCGCAGCCGCAGCGGGCACCAAAGCGGCAGCCGCAGCCGCAGCCACAAUCGCAGCCCGCUGCGGCACAACCCCGGCCCAAGCGGCGUCGUGUCAGCCCCAUGCAGCCGGCAGUCGCGGCCGCAGCGGCGCCGUGCGCGCCACCUGUUGUGCGAGGCGGUGCGGAACCGACCGCGCUGCAGCUACCAGCCGCAGUGCACUGGGCGCUGACGCAGGCGGCAGGGCAGACUGAGAUGGCGCUCGCGCCCCAGGCCGCGGCAGCGCAGCUGUCUGGCCGUGUGGUGGACUGGCUGCUGCUGGCAAGUGGAGGAGGCGGAGGUGCGGAUGGCAACCGCUGUACCGGCAACUGGUGUUUGGAGGCGGGCCCUGCACAGCCGGUUGUGUGGCGUGUGGGCGGAGGUAGCCGCCAGGGGCAUCGCUACCACUACUGCCUGGCGCUGGUGCCGCGCGGCGCCGCCUUCACUGACCGCCUGCCCAACCGCUUGGGCGGCACACCGGUGCGCCUGCUGGCGCUGGACUCCGGCCUCGUGCUUCACAGCUCCUCCUCCUCCAGGGACGGUGCACCGGCAGCGGCGGCUGAUGCUGGCGGCGCAUGGGCGGUGCGCACGCCGCGGCAGUGGUUCGAUGCGGUCGUAGGGCCCGAGGCGGCCGCCGGCAAGCCCAGCUGGCAGGCGGCCGUCCAGGUGGCGGCGCAGGCACCCGCUGGGGCUGGGCCGGGGCCCAGUUCGUCACAUAUUGACUUUACGUGGCUCACCUAUGCUGAGUGGGUUCGCGGGCUGGGUGGCGGGAACAGCUGCGCCGUGCCCGGGGAUUGGGAUGGCCUUGCUGGCGGCAGCUGCGACUUGCAGCAGCAGCAAGGCCGACGCAUGCAGCAGACGGCCGCGGUGCCACGAGCGCAGCCCGGGAAGAAGGAGGCGCGGCAGUCGCUGCGGAGCAAGCACGCGCUGCAGGCCCCCAAAGGCCGCCGGGAGGACGCGGCUGCGGCCGCAGCUGUGAUUGCAGCAGGCGCUGGUUGUGAGGGCCAUUCGAGUGAUCUGGGGGACACAGAGGCGGAUGGCGCAGUGGAGGCUGCGGCACAGCAACCACGAGCGCAGAUGCAGGCGGUGCCGCGAAGCAGCAGUGGAGGGGCCGGCGGGGCUGGGGGUGGGCGUGGGUCGGGUGCGUGCAAGGCGCCCGCUGCGCUGCAUCAGCUGCAGGCGGUGGCGGGUCAGUCAGCGGCGGCAGCGGCAACCGUGGCGCUGGUGCAGCAUGCGGCAGCGCUGGGGGGCACCGACGCGGUCGUGAGACUGUGGCGUGUGGCUCGUGGAGCGGCGGCUGGGGCGGCGGCAGGAGCUGCUGCCGGCACCAGCAGCGCCCCAGCUGACGCCGCAGCCGGCAGCGGCUCUGGAGAUCAGGCUACUGCCGCCCGUGUGAGUCACCGCUACUGCCUGGGGAUAAGCCCAGGCGGUGCCGUGCAGGGCGCGGGCGGGCAUGUGCGGGUCCUGGCGCCCGCCCCCGCUCAGGUGACAGCAGGAGCAGCCCCGGCAGCAGUUGCAGCGGGAGGAGCUGCGUCAGCCUCGGCAACGGCGGAGGACUGGCACGGCUGUGUGCUUAUGAAGGCGGCCGAGUGGUGGCGGGCGCUUGGCGGCAGCGGCUCGUGGCAGGGCUGUGUGGAGGUGGCGCUGCUGCCGGGGGAGCUGCGCCCGGCUGGGGACAGUGGCGCCGGCAGCGAUAGCGAUCAGGCGGUUGGUGGCCACGCCAUCACCAACCCCACAUACAUCACGUACGCCGACUGGCGCCGGCCCCGCAAGAACGCGGCGGCGCGGCACUGGAAGGAGCGCCACCGCCGACAGCAAGGGCAGCAGCAGGGUGGCCGGCAGCCUGGCCCCAAGCGCAAGCCAUCACCCCAGCCGGAGCUGCCGGAGCCCAAGCGGCACAAGAAUGCAGCUGACGCGUCAGACGUGGGCGCAGGAGCCAUCGUUACAGCUGCGGCGGCGACUGCCCCUUCAACUGCUGCAGCGCAGCGGCGUGUGCCUCUCGCGCGCCGCAUGGACACGCGGGCGGCGGAGCCCGCCCCUGUGCCGGGGGCCGCGGCUGGGGCUGGGGCUGGGGCUGGGGCUGGGGCUGCGGCCUGCGCGCCGGCGGCAGGCGACGGUCGCGCAGGGAGCGCGGCAGCAGGUGCGGCGGCAGGUGUGGCUGCUGGUACGGCGGCCGGUACGAGGGCUGGGCCGGCGCAGCAACAGCAACAGCCUCUGCGCCAGAGGACCCGAGCGGAUGCAGGGAUGCCGGCGGGGGGUAGUGGGGGCCUGGGCGCGGUGGAGGUGGCACGCCGGGCUGCGGCGGGGGUGCUGACGCAGGAGGUUGUGGUAAGCGACAACGAGGAGGAGGAGCAUGCGUGGGAGGAGCGGGACGUGGAGGCACCGGAGGAGGCGACGGAAUGCGCGGAGCGAGCAGGGAGGCGGCGGCCUCGCGGCAACAGCGGAGCUGCGCAGGCGGCUGGGCUUGCAGGGGGGCUUGUUGGGGCUCAAGGCGCGGGAGCGAGCGGCGCCGGCGGCAGCAACAGUGGCACCGGUGCCCUGGCGCUGGCGGCAGUGGCGCUGCUAUCCCAGCGCGAGUCCAGGGCGGUAGCCGCCGCAGUCGCGGCGGCGUUAACCCAUCACAAGGCGACUAUGACAGGGCCGCAUUCGCCGGUGCUGGUGCGAGUGCUCAGUCUGGCAGGCGGUGCUGGUGCUGGUGCUGCCGCCGAGGCGGAGUCGGGGGCUGGGGCGGCGGCAGGGCAGCUGCUGGUGCCAGUGCACGGGGUGGCGUUCUGCCCUCCCGGCGCCGCCUUUGGAGAUGAGGGCCGGGGCCGGGGCCGCCGCACAGGUGUGCGGGUAGCCUACGUGCCGGGCGGGGCGGCAGAGCCUGUUGAGAGCACUGGUGCGGGCGCAGCCGUGGUUUUGGGUCCCUCGGAGUUUGUUGAGGCCGCCGCCCGGGGCGCGCAGCGCACCUAUCACUGGAAGCAGUGGCUCCGUGUGCGUGCCGUGGGGCCUCCGGGGAACAGGAAGCGGGCAGAGUCGCGGGAAGCAGGAGAAGAGGACUGGGUGCCAUACGCACGUUUCUUUGCCAGUACCCACCAGCACCCUCAAUGAAGGCUGUGGUUCGCUGAGUCCUGCUGGCUCCGGUUAAGCAACCUGCCAUGAUUACAGACACCGCGGCAAUUUCAUCUUCUCCUGGUCUUAGAGUUAGCGGGGCCUCGGGCGCCCCCGGCACCCUCGUCCAGGCGCCGCGCCCCACCCGUACGGAGCGGCCACCAUCCAGCGACGGGACCGCCUUCACCCUAUGCGUUUGUGAUCACUGCAUGCGCUGUCUGUUGAGGCAUACUUAGUGAUGAAUGGUGUAGUACACAGCUGUACGGUACGAAUGCUGUGUGUGCGGUAUCGUAACGAUGCCGUAGUGAGAACGUGAUGGGGGGUUUGGUUCGAGGUCGGGCGUUCUGCAGCUAUUAAUUUUGCGGACGCUGGAUGGGGCUGGGUGGGCAUGAUGGCGCAAGUCUAAUGUUUGGCAAGGAUUCGGCCGGGGUAUGGGAUGUGACGUGCUAAUUAAUGUUGUCUCGGACUUCCACCGAUGUUUACCGCUGGGUGGGGUGCAGGGGGAGACGUGAAGGGCCAGGGGCGUCAGCGGGAACAAUGCGGAUCGGUGGGGAUCGGUGGGGAUCAGUGGGAACGUAAAACUGACUUGCCGGUAUCACUAUACAGUGCAUCCCUACCCAGGUGGUGGCGUCUGCACGCACACAUCCGAUGUGGUAUGCACGCUGCUUGUGAGCUUGCUUAAGCUCACGCUCGGGAGCACGGUGUCAUGUAUGGCCCACGAGUUUAGUUAGGUGUCCAUGGCCUGUGGGUUUAGGGUUUGGGGCACGGCGGGACGUGGGUGCAGCCUACUUUUCCAUUGAGGCGAUCCCUGUCGACAAAAAGUGCCAAACUGGCACAAACCGCGAGCGCCACGUAACAUUACUUGCUAUUCCCGAGGCGCAGAAUUAAGAGGAAAGUCAUACUGGACUACACCAGGCAGACCCUUUUCCCGUAACCGGGGAACACUUGUCCAUUGAGGGAGAGAGUCACAGAACGUGUAUGGGGGGGUUGGUUCGAGUUCGGGGAUUCUGAAGUUACUGAGUUUACAGAGGCGGGGUGGGACUGGGUGGGCAUGAUUGCGCAGGUGGCUAACGAUGCGCAAGGGUGCCGCUGGUCCGAACGGCACGUACUGUUGGUUCCGGAUUCCAUGGAUGUAACGAACGUCUUGU